GUCAAAAAAGAGGCGUACCCCCGACAUUUUGAUGUUGGGUAUUUACAUGAUAUGCUCAUACUCUUGCUUAAUCAUUUACAACCUCUGCAUGUUCAAAAGUGUAUUUUUAUGAUUGUUUCAAGAUUGUGUAAGAAUAUUUGAUCAUGGAACCUCCUGAUGAAGGUAAUGCCCCAACGACAACAAGUCAAGGUUUUUGUAGGUCAACCCAGAAUAUGGUAACUUCCUAUCCAGUCCAACACCACUCCCAACCAUACAGGGAUGACUAUAGCAUGAAUUACCCCGUAAACUAUUCCAGACAAGCCCUUCAAUCAUCAGCACAUUAUUUUCCUGAAAAAUACCUGAUGGAAAGAAAGACGUCACAAACAACAGCGCCACAGCUACUUAAAACAAAAAUUCUCACCCAGCACGAAGUCGAUCAAGAAGUUUUAACUUCAAGACAACAGAUGCAUAACAUAUCUUCUCACACUCGGUUAGAUUUCCAAAAUUCUCUUGUAAAUUCGAGAAGUGCUGAAAGUGGUGAAGUAGAUUUACCGAUGCAACGUAAUGAAAGAUUGUAUGGCAUUCCAGGUACGGAGAUACCACCCCUGCCCCUGUUUCCUGGACAAUACAAGAGACCAGCAUCAGCUGUACCUAAAGGAUUUUCAACUACAGAAAAUACACCUGUGAAUUCCGUCAGUCAACUGAAUAAAGAACCACGUAAUUUUCCGACGAAAGAUAUAGUAUUGACGCAACAAACUGAACUCAACACAAACAGGAAAUUAAUCGUCGAUUACACAGAAAAGCCUUCAGUGAUAAACACUGCAGAAACAUUAAAACCACAAAAGACUGACAGUUCAUUGGUUCUCUCUGAAAACCUGACUUCAAAUACGCCAUCAACAUCAUCCAUUGUAAAUGCCACAGAAGCUGUUAACAGAUUUACCACUCCAGCUUUUCCUGAUUCACAACCAUCCGCAAACAAAAUGGUGGAUGGAUCAACACAAACCUCCAAUGAAUUCAACAUAAAUGAUUUAGCAGCAAAAAAGAAACCAAAUUUCCAAGAUGCUGGUGUGCAGGCAUCCGUCCACCAGUCUAAUUCAGAGUGCCAGACGACAGCAGCGGUCCCAUUCCAAGUAUUGCCAUUGCCAGACGAGGAUUCUUAUGACCUCAAAGAAGACAUUAAGCCUCCCAUCUUGAAUUCUAGCAGCACUUUGACUAGCAGGUGGGAUUCAGAUGCCGAGGAAAUUCAGCCGUCACUCAGCACACGAAGCAGACUGAGAGUCGUUCUCAAGCGUCUGGCUGUUCCAGAAGUAACUUUCAAUUCCCCAUAUGUGGAAGAAGACGAAGAAGAUGAAGAAGAAGAUAAUGCAGCAAUGUCUGAAGAAUGGCAAGAAGAACCGUCUCCUCCACCAAGAAAACGGACAAAGGCUACGACUGGUUUAAAGAAACGUCGUGCCACACUCUCACAGAAAUCUCUACGAUUACGAAAACCAUUUAAAUGUGAAUAUUGUCAUAAAAGAUUCAUCAAGCAGACGUCUCUAGACACUCACGACCAGUACCAUUGUACAAAGAAAGCAAGAAGACUUGCUGCGAGAUUGAAGCCAAAACCGAUAGAAUCAGAAGAACUGAGAGCCUUGCGAUCGAGGAAACCGUAUAAAUGUCCAUUUUGUCAUAAGCGUUUUAUAAAGGACUCGUCACUAGAGUGUCACAAGUUAAACAGCUGUACAAAGAAGAAAAGGGGUGGGGACUUUAUAUGUACCGAAUGCGGUGACCAUUUUACGAUGUUUAGCCUCUACAAAAAACAUGUAACCACUCACAAUACCGAACUUUUCAAAUGCAGCUGUGGACAACAUUUUCAGAGUGAGUUUAACCUGACGUGUCACAUCCAGUCGGCUCCGAAUGAUGGUUUAAAACACGGAGAAGAGUUACGACGACUUCCGUACACAGACGAACAAAAGGCUCUUCAUAUCAAAAAGCCCUUCAAAUGUCCGUUCUGUCAUAAAAGAUUUAUCAAAGAAUCCUCGCUGGAAAACCACACGCUCAACAGUUGCACCAAAAACAGACGCGGAACUGAUUUUAUCUGCCCUGAAUGUGGCGACCAUUUUCCUCUCUUCACUACCUACAAGAAACAUUUGAAACAACACAGCGGAGAGUUUUACAAAUGUACGUGUGGGGAAAAAUUUGUAAAUUAUUGCAAUCUGAAGAGUCACACGGAGACACCGCAUCCAGAAGAUAAUUUCACGCACGAAGAAGUUCAUCCGUACGCUUGUAAAAUUUGUCAGAAAACUUUCAUCCAUCAAGGUCGUUUCAAGCGACAUAUGAUCACACAUGAAAAUAAUUCUAAAAUAGCGUGUUCGUUGUGCGGGAAGGAGUACGAGAAAAGUUACAUGGAGAUCCACGAGAGGACGCAUUCGGGGGUGAAACCUUUCAACUGUGAUUAUCCCGAAUGUAAUACCGCAUACAAAUCAAAAAAACUUCUUCAGAGACAUCAGCGCGUCCACGAAGAUAAAUAUCAGUUGCCUUGUAUACAUUGUGAUAAAGUUUUUACACAACCCAGUCGUUUGAAGGACCAUCUCCGCGUUCAUACUGGCGAAAAACCGUACAUUUGCGAGAUUUGUGGGUAUGGAUUCAGUCGUACAAACCAUCUCAACAGACACAAACUUGUUCAUGCUAAACAGGAGUUGUUGAAAGAGCAAGAAUUACUGAAAGAGCAAGAGUAUUCAGAUAAGGCUGAAUUUUCGAAGCAGUCAGAAUUUUCAAAUAGGUCAGAAUAUUCAAAACAAGCAGAUUAUCCAAAUAAGUCAGAAUUUCCAAAUAGGCCAGAAUAUUCCAAACAGCCAGAAUUUCCACAUAGGCCAGAAUAUUCAAAACAGCCAGAAUUUCCAAAUAGGCCAGAAUUUCCAAAUAGGCCAGAAUAUUCAUACCCACCACUGGAUUCUGUUCGUCAGUUAUUUGUUUUGUAAUAAGAAAGUUACAUGUAGUUCAUCAAAACUUGAAUAUUCCUCAUAUAGAGUUAAGCUUUAAAUUAUGAAUACUUUUUUUUAAAAAAAAAUUUAUAUUAAAACUAUGAUUAGGUGGUGUGGAUUCAUUGUCUACGAUAUCACCUUUGGUGGAAGUGAACGUAAAACUCCAGGAACAAACAAACGUGUGGAUUCAGUCAGACAGUGAUUAUUGAGUUAAGGGUUGUUACCAGUAGUUUCUUUUAUUUGCGGGAAUUUCAAAUUUUGAAAUUCAUUGUUAUUUUUUUUUUGGAAAUUCAUUAUUAUUUUCUUUUUGGAAAUUCAUUGUUAUUUUCUUUUGCGAAAUUCAUUGUUAUUAUCUUUUUGGAAAUUCAUUGUUAUUUUCUUUUAUUUAAUAGAAUUUGUUGUGAAGUUUUGUUGUUACUUUCUUUGUGUGAGUGAAUUUCCAGUGACGUUUUGUUAUUAUUUCCUUUUAUCUAAGGGAAUAAACAGUGAAAGCUAGACAAAUCUGGAUGAUUAUAGUGUUGUUGAUUUUUGUCCCAACUCAACUUUGGGAGAGUAAAAUGUUGUUUGAAAAGUGUAAUUGAGAGAUGAAUUGGACAUUGUUUUUAAAGCCCUUAGCAGCACCGCCUUGUUUUCAGAAGUGUAAUUUGUUUCAAGACUUUUUAUCAGUUAGGACACAAACCGAUUGACAAUUGUUUGAGAGGAGUUAUCUGCUCUUGCAUUGCCUGAAUGUGGAUGUCUCUUCUUUCUUAUUAUAUUGAAAGGAAUGACCGCUUAAAGAUACAUUGUGUAAGAGCUAAAUCUGCCUCAAAUGUUAUAUUAAUUAUUAAUUAGUCCUUUUUAUUUUUAUACGCCCACAUUGAAAUGUGGUCGUAUAUUGUCGUCGCCCCCAUCCGUCCGUCCGUCCGGCGUCCACAAUUGCUUGUGGACGCUCUAGAGGCUAAAGUUCAUAUCCGAUUUCCGAUAAUUACUGCCAGAGUUAUGGCCCUUGAUCACUUUGAAAAAUCUUGUGGACGCUCUAGAGGAGAAAGUUAAUAUCCGAUUGACUUUAAAUUUAUACACAGUGUUAAGGACAUGAGACGAAGAAGCCUGUUGAUUUUCAGCGAUUUCCGAUAAUUACUGCCAGAGUUAUGGCCCUUGAUCACUUCAAAAAUUCUUGUGGACGCUCUAGAGGCCAAAGUUAAUAUCCGAUUGACUUUAAAUUUAUACACAGUGUUUAAGGUCAUGAGACGAAGAAGCCUAUUGAUUUUCAGCAAUUUCCGAUAAUUACUGCCAGAGUUAUGGCCCUUGAUCACUUCAAAAAAUCUUUUGGACACUCUAGAGGCCAAAGUUAUCAUCCAAUUGACUUUAAAUUUAUACACAGUGUUUAAGGUCAUGAGACGAAGAAGCCUAUUGAUUUUCAGAGGUUUCUGAUAAUUACUGCCAGAGUUAUGGCCCUUGAUCACUUCAAAAAAUCUUGUGGACACUCUAGAGGCGAAAGUUAAUAUCCGAUUGACUUUAAAUUUAUACACAGUGUUUAAGGUCAUGAGACGAAGAAGUCUAUUCAUGGCCCUUGAUCACUUAAAAAAACCUUGUGGAUGCUCUAAAGGCCAAAGUUAAUAUCCGAUUGACUUCAGAUUGAUACACAGAGUUUAUGAUCUUGAGACAAACAAGUAUAUUGAUUUUCAAUGAAUUUGGAACAGCUAAAUCCAUGAUACAGUAUUAAAAGUUUUGUAUACAAAACGUUAGCAUGGGGCAGAACUUUAUAAAAACCAAACAAAUUCUAAUGGUUUUCUGAGUUGUUGCUCUUAAUCAGAUUUUAGUGUAUUAUAAAUGUUUCAUUACCGAAAAAAGUAAAAAUAUGCGACAACUCUUGUUGACUGCCAGGACGAUUUAGCUGCUUUGGGCGUAUGUUUCGUUGCCUGGCAACCUAUCUUUUUACACGACAAGCUCUAGACCAUAAGAUGGUUGUGAUUUUGAUUGGACUGAAACACGAUCGCCAUUUAGUAAUUUGAUUUAAAAAUGGAUAAUCAAGACUUUGUUUAUUAUCGUAACAACGGUACCAAAGAAAUUCUUCAAACAGUUAUAAUUUCGAUCAGAAUAAAGUAAUUUUACUGAAAUUUUUAAUAUAUUCCUUUUUCAUUAUCUAUUUUUAAACUAUUAUUCCGAGAACUGUCAACUCUUUAUCUAAAUCUUACAUAAUGUAUCUUUAACAAGCGCUAAUGUUUUAAAUUUUUGAUCGUUAAAUGCCUAGCAAGUGUUGUGAUGGGAUUUUCAGCACUUGUAUUUUAAUGCCUUGCUUUCUUUAAGCUAGAAUUUAUUAUCUAUAUAUGAUGUAUCACUGGGGUCUAUUAAAUGGAUAAUGCUCCAAGCUGUGACAUGGCCUUGCUUAUAAAUGAUGUAAUAAUAAUUGAAAAACACAAUACAAUUUAAAUGGGAAACAAUCACUGGUUUGUACAUAAAUAUCAUAACGUUUCAACAAGUGUUCCCCUAUCGUUUUCAAGCACCUUUGUUGAAACGUUGUGCUAUAUGUGUAUAUAAACCAGUGAUUGUUUUCCAUAUAAAUUGAGUUGUGUUCUUUUCUUAAGGAUUCUAAUAAUAUUUAAAUUUUUGUAUAUCUUUUUAUUCUAUCAUUUUUUAUCUGAUCCCCAGUAACUACAAAAACAUGCAAAAAACAGUGGACUAAUGUGUUUAACCAGCUCUAUCACAUAUGUGAUAAUGACUGGCACCAAUAUUGUCCCUUAAAAUAUCUACAUUGUAUUGAUAAAUCAAAUAGCAACUUUUCAGAUCAGAAAUGGCUAUGACACUUAGACAUUUUUCAGAGUAUUCUGCAGCAUUUAGCCUAGUUUCCAUUAGGUUUUCUCAACAAAUUUGGUACAAUUGUUUUGGGAGAGAUAGGAAGAAAUAGGGGUUAACGUCCACUUGACACAUACUAGGUCGUUUCGGGACUAACAUAUGGUUCAAUUUUAUUUCAAUAAUUCACUUGCGCGUAGGGGUCUUUAGCAGUGGGAGGAAACCGAAGAACCUGGAGAAAACCUAUGAGGUUGGAUAGGCGACACUACAUAGAACCAGGGAAUCGAAACCACGCCAGUUGACUCAAUGACAGACUUUAUGAUGCUGCGUGCACGCGCUAACCAUAUUGGGGAAAAUGUGUAAAUUGUAAAAUGUGUAAAUAGUAAUUGCGCAAACUACAGACGGAGUGAUUCAAAUGUAAUAGCCUUAAAUCACUACGCUGUCAGUCAUUACCAUAAUCAGUUUGAUUAAAACACAGAUCUUAUUUCUUUUUUUAGAGUUAAAAAUUUCUUUUUACUUGUCCUCACAACAAUAGGGAGAGAGAGAGAGAGAAAUGGGGUUUAACGUCCACUCGACACAAACUAGGUCAUUUCGGGACUAACAUAUGGUUUAAUUUUAUUUACAUAAUUCGCUUGCGCGUAGGGGUCUUUAGCAGUGGGAGGAAACCGGAGGACCCGGAGAAAACCCACGAGGUUGGACAGGCGACCCUACUCCUUGCCACGUACAACCGGGGAUUCGAAACCACGCCAGUCGACUCAAUGACAGACUUUAUGAUACAGCGCGCGCCACAACAAUAGGAUCUGGAAGAGUUGUUAUACAACUCACAUUCUGGUUGAUGUGAAGGAUAAGCCAAUAAAACAGUCUGUUACAGGGAGUUCUUGGCAUGUCGUGUACAGAACUGUGGAUAAACCACUAGAUACGUCAACGCUGAUUGAUUAAUCAAUAUCUGACAUCAUAGGGACAAAAGCUGUUUGUAUGGCCCCUGACACGACCUUCCACUACAACCGGUCCGAUCUUCAUGUAGUGGAGGCCAUCGAAAGUUUAAAAACCAAAUAUAGAUCUGUAUUUGAAUCAGAUUGUACUACCCCAUUACCCCACAUUUGUAUUAUCCCUAACACUACAUUGAAAUCCCCAACCCCAAAAGUUGAUUCUGGAACUAUUGGCAAAUAUAAUUUCUGCCGCGGAUGUAGUGAGGCAAGGUCAGUCCUCUACUCUGUCCAAUCUGUGAUUAUGAACUUUUUAUCUUUUGUAAUUGAUGUAAAGCCAAAAACAAAGCCUACUGUGAAAUGUGUAUUAAUUUUUGUAAAUAUUGUGACAUGCAUAAUGUAAUCAUUCCUUUUUGUACUUCAUUAAAGGGAAUAAUCAAG